AAAACAACACUGACCUGGAUGCUUUGUGUGAACAUACCCCACGAUUUUAACCCAAUACUCUGCUUUGAUCGUUAAAGUUAUCAACAAGAAUGAAGGAUUUUGAAAUUUACCCCCAGAAGUCACUUAUGGGCACGCUGCAUCAAGGUUGGACAUGUUGAUAAGAUUUUCAACUGGAUUGAGUUUGUCAUUAUCCUAAAUAUUUAACAGAAGGAUGGACUUUGAACAGCUGACUAUCUGAUGGGGUCAGGGCCUUCUACACGAGGUAAGACUGUGGUAACUGACAGUCAGAUAUUUACCCCCUCCUUAAAAAUCUCAAAAGGAAACUCUUCUCCAACCAAAAAGAAACACACAGACAAACAGGAAAUUCCAGGAAAUAUUUCAGAUUCUGAAACACAAAAAUUGGUGGUACAAGACAUGGAAGGAGAACUGAAUUUGUCUGACACAAAGGAUGAAAAGACUGAAGUUAAAGAAACCGGAAUAUCUGAGACAGCUAUGUCGAGCGGGGAGAAAAAUCUGUCAAAACCUACAGAUACUGGCACUGUAACACAGGAAGAUUCAGAGCCUCCCAAACCAGCAGAAAGCCAAACAAAAGACAGCAAUGACGAGGAGACUCAGAAAGAAGAGGCAGUGACUGAAGAAAAGAAUAAAAAGCUCACAGAGGAGGAAAUACAGGCGAUCAAAACAAAGACUCUGAAGUCGAUUCAAACCAAUCUGGAGAUUCUCUCAGACAUUGAGGGACACUUGAAUGAAAAAGGAACCUUUAACCAAGCUUUCAAAGGGGCAACAUUUCAGUUACAAAAAUGUCAUUUUGCUUUGAAUAAGACUAGUUUAGAAAUUAAUGAUGCUUUCAAACAAGAACAAGGUGCUGUUUUUGUGGAGCUAGGGGGUGUGAAGACAGUGUGUGAUGUGAUUGUUUACUGUGAAAGGCGCGGGUAUUAUAUGGAAGAUGGUAAAUUGAUUCAGGGGAUCUGGAUUCCUCUCAUUAACUCGGCCAUUGUGAUGAUUAACUUUACUGACAUUAAUCCUAAUUUUGCCCACUUACUGGUGGAACAUGGGGACUUCCUGCCCCAGAUCUGUGAAGCUCUUCAGAGACUGAGGGAGAGUCACUUACAGGACAAUAUGUUGGAAAAAGAUGCCAAAAUUCUUCAAUCAUACCUGUCAAUAAUCCACAACAUUGCCCAGGCGGAGAGCAGUAUCACUGAGCUGCGAGAUCACGGCUUUGUGGAAGUGCUCCUGCCGUACCUGAAAUCCACCAAGGAGAGAAUCCUUCUGUCUACACUGGCCACCCUGGCCGACCUGGUGGAUGAAACCCAGGCCAUGUAUUUAGAGAGUCACGGAGAAUUCUUUACCUUCCUGCUGAAGUGUCUGAGGUCAUCAAUGGAAGAUCGGCAUAGAAGAUGUAAAGGAUGGGCCGCAUGGGAACUGGCUAGAACUAUAAGGAGAAUUGCAAGAAAUGAUGUUAACAAGAAGUCUUUGGUUGCCCAGGGUUGCCUUCCAGUGCUUGUGUCCUUAGCGCAGUCCAAGUAUGAAAAUGAACAAAUAGAGGCUCUGGGAGCAUUGUGGAUGUUGUCUUUUGACAAAGAAAACCAGGAUGUCAUGGUAAAGGACGAUACUGUCAUGAAAACUUUAAUUGACCUCCAAACGUCCCAAACAAAGAAAAUCAAGAAUGCCUGUCAUGGGGCCCUGUGGAAUAUGAGGGAAAAGCUGAGUUCUAUAGACAAGUAUAAGGAACUAGGUAAUGAAUACAAGAGAGAUGAAAAGGAAGUAACUUCAGAGUCAUCUGGUUCACAUAGAGGUCAUGUGAUGAUCAGCUACCAAUGGGCCAAUCAGAAAAUUAUCAAGAGGAUUCGGGACAGUCUGCAGGAGAAUGGGAUCAAAUGCUGGAUGGAUAUUGAUGAUAUGCAGGGUUCUACUCUCAAUGCCAUGGCUCGGGCUGUGGAAAGAGCUGAUAUGAUUCUGAUUUGUUACUCAAAAAAAUACUAUGACAGUCCAAACUGCAGGGCAGAGGCAGAAUAUGCUUUUCAGCUGAGAAAACCAAUAAUUCCUCUUAAAAUGGAGAGAACCUACCAAGCUAGGGAGUGGCUGGGUUUUAUUAUUGGUUCUAGGCUGUUCUUUGAGUUCACAGACAAGUAUCCUUUUGAGGUUAAGAUUAAUGCCCUAGUAAAGGAAAUCCUCACCAGACAGAAAAGGGAGGUCCCUGAAAAGCCUAUCAUUCCUCAAACAGCACAAGUUCCUACAGAGAAGACACCUGAAAGUUCUAAUGGUAAAAUGGUUAAGGUUCAGGCUUCAGAAGUGGUGAAGAGGUGGACGGAAAGUGAUGUUCUCAGAUGGAUCAACCAUCACAAACUCCCCAGCUCCAAGUUUUCUAAGCUGACAGGGACAGAAAUCGCCUUCCUUCAGGUUCUAAGACAGGAGUCCCCGGAUUACUUCUAUAAAACUCUGAAUGAGAUGCUGAAGAUAAAGGAUUUAUCAACAUUGGCUCAGUUCACAUUUGCUCUGGAGGACACUGUAGUUUGAGAAAUGCUUGUCAAAACUCGUAGGAGAGUAUUCAUACACGUAUAGGAGGGUAUUCAUUCACAUAUAGGAGAAUAUUUAUUCACAUAUAGGAGAAUAUUUAUUCAUAUAUAGGAGAGUAUUCAUACACAUAUAGCUCAGUAUUCAUACAGAUAUAGGAGAGUUUUCAUACACAAAUAGGAGAGUUUUCAUAUACAUUUAGAAGAAUUCAUACACAUGAUUUAAAGUAGCAUAUUCAUACACAUAUAGGAGAGUAUUCUUAUACAUAUAGGAGAAUUCAUAGACAUAAUUUAAAGGAGCAUAUUCAUACACAUAAUGGAGAAUAUUCAUACACAUAUAGAUGAGUAUUAACUCACAUAAAGGAGAAUAUUCAUACAGAUAUAGGAGAGUACUGUAAACCAACUUUUAUUCGGGACAACUUUAGUUCCCAAUUUACUUGGGUAAAACUAGUUCUCGGCGAUUAAUUUUUGCUAUCUAGCCUUUUUUGAUAUGUUGUUAAUAGACUCAGAGACUUUAAGGACUGGUUCGCGGCGAGAAAUAUUCGCGAUCAUAAGGCUCUUGCGAACUUCGCGAAAAUUUUUCCACAUGAAUAAAAGUUGGUUUACCGUAUUCAUACAUAAAGAGAAUAUUCAUUCACGUAUAGGAAGGUAUUCAAAGAAGAGUAUUCAUACACAUGCAUAUAGAGGAGUAUUCAUACACAUAUAGGAGAAUAUUCAUACACAUAUAGGAAAAUAUUCAUAAACAUAUAUAGAAAGGGAUUCCUACAUAUAUAGAGGAGUAUUCCUACACAUAUAGAGGAGUAUUCAUACACAUAUAGGAGAGUAUUCAUGAACAUAUAGGAGAGUAUUCAUUGAAUAGAACUCAUACUUGUAUAACUCUUCUUAAGAGUAUUAUAAAAGAGUGCUUGGAAAAUAAACCAGGCCAAAAACAGAUUUAGAGAGUAUUAUAAAAGAGUACUUAGGAAAGUCACCAGGCACAAACAGAUUUAAAGAGUAUUAUAAAAGAGUACUUAGAAAAUAAACCAGGCCAAAAACAGAUUU